UUUGCAUCACUAGUGGUAUUAUAGACAAGCGUCGUCCGCGGAAAAAGUGUAAAAAUCAUAAUUAUCCGGGAGAUUUAUUGUUAUUAGCGCGUGUCAAUAAUAAAUAUGCGCAAGCGUAAAUUAUACAUGAACUAAACGAAUGCGAAGCGAAUGCUAGCAGCAGCGCCAGAAACUAAACAAGGAAUUGCAGCUGCAGUCUUGUCGUGACCCUACCCGACGCUGGAGUAGCGGCCUAACAUGGAUGUCAAGCGAGUCAAGCAUAGAGAAUAGCCGAAUCCUUUGAAUUCUAAAUUCAAGAUCCUAAUUUAAACUAGCAAAGUAGCAUAGCCGUCUAGCUUAUAGCACAAAAGCCUAAGGGACCGGUUCCAAGCCGUAAAUUCCAAAACUCCAGUCCAGAUUCAAACCAAAUCGUAUCGAAAGGACACUUGGGAGAGCAUCCAGAGCGGUAACGUAAGGGCACACAAUCAUCAUGACGACCGACACCCGGCGUCGCGUCAAGUUGUACGCGUUGAAUGCGGAGCGUCAAUGGGAUGAUCGUGGCACCGGCCACGUCUCCUCCACCUAUGUGGAUAGGUUAAAAGGCAUCUCUCUUCUGGUUCGCGCCGAAUCUGAUGGAUCUCUGCUUUUGGAGAGCAAGAUUCAACCGGACACUGCCUACCAGAAGCAACAGGAUACAUUAAUCGUAUGGUCCGAGGGCGACAACUUCGAUCUGGCCUUGAGUUUUCAGGAGAAGGCUGGUUGUGACGAAAUAUGGGAAAAGAUAUGCCAGGUUCAAGGCAAGGAUCCUUCGGUUGAGAUCACACAGGACAUUGUGGAGGAGUCGGAGGAUGAGCGAUUCGAGGACAUGUCGGAUACGGCGCCACCCAUAGAGCUGCCUCCUUGUGAACUCUCCCGGCUGGAGGAUAUAUCCGAGACGAUACAGAGUUGUCUCUCUACGCCGCUGCGCAAGGAGAAGCUAUCGAUGGCCCUAGAAUCGGAGAGCUACAUCAAGAAGCUGCUGAAUCUGUUCCACGUCUGCGAGGAUCUGGACAGCACCGAAGGUUUGCAUCACCUGUUCGAGAUCUUCAAGAACAUCUUCUUGCUGAACAAGAAUGCUCUGUUCGAGAUUAUGUUCGCGGAUGACACCAUCUUCGAUGUGGUUGGAUGUUUGGAGUACGAUCCCAGUGUGGCUCAGCCGAAAAAGCAUCGGCAGUAUCUGAAGCAGUUGGCCAAGUUCCGGGAGGCGGUACCGAUCAAGAACCAGGACCUGCUGGCCAAGAUCCACCAGACGUUCCGGGUGCAGUACAUCCAGGACAUUAUCCUGCCCACGCCAUCGGUUUUUGUCGAGGACAACAUGCUAAACACUUUGUCCAGCUUCAUAUUCUUCAAUAAGGUCGAGAUCGUUACAAUGAUUCAGGACGACGAGCGCUUUUUGGUCGAUGUGUUUGCUGUGCUCACGGAUCAGGCAACUGGAGAUACGAAGCGUCGUGACACAGUUCUCUUCCUUAAGGAGUUCUGUAACUUUGCCCAGAAUCUGCAACCCCAAGGCAAGGACUCGUUCUACAAGACGCUCACCUGCCUAGGCAUCCUGCAAGCACUUGAACUCACGCUCGUAAUGAAUGAUAAGAAGACUAAGUCCGCCUCCAUUGACAUUCUCACGGCUAUAGUGGAAUUCUCGCCGUUGGUGGUGCGCAACUAUACGUUGAACCAGGCCAACAGGCCAGAGGGGGAGGGUAUGUUGCUAAACAUUGCCAUCGAACAAAUGCUAAAUGACUCGGAACCGGAGCUGGGCAUUGCGGUGCAGCUAAUGGGCAUUGUUAAGAUUUUACUGGAGCCGGAAAACAUGCUAACCGAGAAGGGCGACUUUCUUAAUUUCUUCUAUAAAUACAGUGUUCAGACGUUAGUGGCUCCAUUGAUGCUUAAUACAAUGGGUGACCGUCCGCAGAAUGAGGACUAUCAGACGGCCCAGUUACUGGGUAUCGUUCUGGAUAUUUUGUCGUUUUGCGUUGAGCAUCAUAGUUACCACAUCAAGAACUUUUUGCUGCAAAAGGAUCUCCUCAAGCGAAUUCUGGUGCUUAUGAAGAGCACACAUACGUUCCUUGUACUCGGCGCUCUGCGACUGUUGCGCAAGAUAAUUGCACUGAAGGAUGAGUUCUACAAUAGACACAUUGUUAAGUGCAAUCUGUUUGCGCCAGUGGUAGAUGCUUUUAUUCGCAACAACGGUCGGUAUAAUUUGCUAGAGUCGGCCAUUUUGGAGCUGUUUGAGUUUAUAAAACUCGAGGAUAUUCGCACACUGUGUGUCUACUUUGUGGAAAACUUCAGCAAGAUAUUUGAUGAAAUCGAAUAUGUGCAGACCUUUAAGUACUUGAAGAACCGUUACGAUCAGUAUCAGGAUCGGCUUAAGGACCGCGACAAGAUGGAGAACCGAACGGAUGGUGGGCUGCCCAUCAUCCGUAGCGGUGGCCGGUUUCGUCGGGACCAGCGACAAAUGGAGGAAGAGGAGGAGAUGUGGUUCAACGAAGAGGACGAUUUCACUGAGGAAAUCGAUACGUACAGCAAUGUUAUCAAAUCCGUCAGCGAAAAGAAUGGCCCGCAAUCGCAAAAUCAGCAGAAAUCGUCUCCGCCGCACAGUACGUCACCGCACAGCGGCGGACUGCUGGGCAACCUGAACACCACCGCGACAUCGACUGCCACAUCCUCCGCAUCGUCGGGCGCCCCGGUGGCCAGCGGCAGCAGUAGCCCCGAGGCGGCCAGCAUGGUCGAUGAGCAGACCCAGGCUGCGGUUCAUUUGGCCGCCGCUGCCAACAUCGCACUGCAACACCACCAGCAACAGCAACAACAGCAACAGCACCCAUUCCAGCAGCAGACACAGCCCGAAAUUGCAGAGCUGCAACAGCAACUAAGUAGCAGCGUGGAGGCGCCGGAGAAUCAGGAGUUGGAACUAACGCAGUCAGUUGCCGGCGCCAACAAUACUUCACUCUCUUCGGCAUCCUCCCCGUUAGAGGCAUCCACGUCCUCAUCGUCAUCGUCAUCGGCUUCAUCAUCGUCCUCGUCAUCGUCCUCGCCACCAGGCAGCUCAUCGGCUGGCGCAUCUCUGUGUGAUUCGGCGACAGUGGCCGCCGUGGCAGCCUCACAGUUUCUCACCACAAUUGCCACUGCGAUGGCGGCAUCUGUGACGGCGGCGACAUCGGGCACGACCGGCAGCAGUUCACCCAACCUAUCGCCAGCUCCGGCUGUUGCCAGUCCGGAUAUUGAGAGUGGAGAUGCCCAGUUGCCUCCCAGCGAUGACCUCAUUAGUUGCCCGGCCACUGGGGGCGAACAGGAGCAGGAUGCGAGCAGCAGCUCAGAAAGCGCCAGUAGUGAAGCUGACAAGGCGACGGCUAAAAAGGGCCUGGUGGAUUACGAAAGCGAUUCGGGCGAGGAUGACUACGAAGAGGACGAGGACUCUGAGGGGCCACAAGCACAAAAGCGCGCGCGUCUGGCAUAGUUGACAGAUGUUGUUGAGCAUAGCAGCAGCAGCAGCAGCAGCAGCGACGGCAUCAAUUAUAAAUUAGUACACACAACAUACAAGAACACAACAACCACACACCUAUACACAUACGGCAAACACAAGACGGACAUCAAGAGAUCCACACACCAACAAACGUUAGGAUUGCAUCAGCAACAACAUAGACAUCGGCAAGAGGCAGGAGAUGAUAGCACAGCAGUCACAGCGGUACGAUGUAAGAUCGAACAAGAAAAACAAAAACAUACAAUUAAAUUUUAGCAUAAAAAUUUAUUUAA